CUGGUUAAAGGCCCAAUGGUUUUUGUCUCGUGCUGGAAAUGGGAUGCUCAUUCGGGUGAGGUCCGACCCACAUCCCUGGAAGAAAAACGGAGGAAGCAAGACAGAAAACAUAAGUCUACAUAUCUCUCUGUGGCUGUGCCCGUGUUUGUCUCUGGACCCAAUCAAAGAUCCGAAACCAUGGACGAAGAAUUGCUGGAAUUGCAGAGACAGUUGGAGUUUGCACAGCAAGUCAAAUCGAGUAUUCGAUUAUCUGAACGAAACGUGGUGGAAUUGGUCCAGAAACUCCACGAGCUUCGAAUCAUCGAUUUCGACCUUCUCCACACCGUCUCCGGAAAAGAAUACAUCACUCCUGAGCAAUUGAGGCAUGAAAUGGCAGCAGAAAUCAAGAAAUUAGGACGUGUUUCUUUGAUUGAUCUUGCGGACUUUACUGGAGUUGACUUAUACCAUGUUGAAAAUCAAGCGCAAUGUAUAGUCUCUGAUGAUCCGGGCCUUACAUUAAUUCAAGGAGAAAUAAUAUCAGAUUCAUAUUGGGAUAAUGUAGCAGAAGAAAUUAAUGAGAGGCUUCAAGAAUGUAGUCAAAUUGCUUUGGCAGAACUUGCUGCACAGUUACAUGUUGGCUCAGAAUUGCUCACGAGUAUGUUGGAGCUUCGCAUGGGGACUAUGGUUAAAGGUAGACUUGAAGGUGGGCAAUUGUAUACCCCUGUGUAUGUUGCCCGUGUUAGUUCAAUGGUUCGGGGAGCUGCAAGGGGUAUCACUGUUCCAACAAAUUUAUCUGCAUUGUGGAGUUCCUUACAGCAGCUACUACAAGAAAUGAAUGGAUCAGGUGGUGUGGCAGUUGAAGGUUCAUUUUUCCAAUCCCUGUUUAAUGGGCUGGUGAAGGAAGGAGAGAUCCUUGGAUCCCUUCGUGCAGGAGUUCAUUGGACACCAACUGUCUUUGCCAUUGCUCAAAAGGAAUCCAUAGAUUCUUUUUUUUCACAGAAUUCUUUUAUCAGCUACGAGGUUCUGCUCAAACUUGGAAUUCCCCAGCCUCUCCAGUAUCUGCAGUCCAGGUAUCCUGAUGGUAUACCUCUAGUUACCAUAUUUGUUCAUCCAUCAAUGAUUGAGAUGUUGGAUACUUCUGCUGAGGAUGCUAUUGAACAUGGUAGCUGGAUCAAUUCUCUUUCUAUUUUACCAGCAUCCUUCGGAGCCCAGGAUGCAAGCAAGAUUUUGUCACUUUGCCCAUCUGUUAAGUUGGCACUGAAGUCUAAUAAAGCACUCAUCCUGGGGGAAACUUAUGUAUUUAGCAAUGGCUUUAUCAAGGAUGUGUUUGAUCACAUGGAGAAGGAGAUGGAAACCUUCAGUCUUUCAGGGCCUUCUAUGGGCAUGGUGUUUGAGGAUUUGCACUCUGUCAAGGAAGUUAAAGCUGGACAUGAUUCAAGCAGGUUUACUGAGUUGAAUGAACCUAGUAAUGAGAGUGGCAGUAAUAAACAGUCCAUAGAAAAAGGGUCAAAAAGGAAAAAGGGAAAGACCACAGGGAAUACAAAGACAAGUGCUGCUGAAAGUGGCCCAGAUAACCAGGAAUAUGUUCCUACAAAGUCUAAGAAAAAUCAAAGGAAAGGCAAGGAUACAUCUUCUUUGCGAGUGUCAGAUUCAAAAACUGGUUCUAAGAAAGAAUCAGAUAAAAUGAAAGAGGACAAUUUUAGCAUUCCAGAAGAAUGGGUUAUGCAGAAGAUCACAAAGAUGGUUCCUGAUUUUGAAGAACAAGGUGUCGAUGAUCCUGAAAUGAUCCUUAGACCUUUAGCAGAUUAUUUGAGACCUAUGCUGCUCAAUUCAUGGAAAGAAAGAAGAAGGGCAUUGUUUACAGAGAAUGCGGAGAGAAUGAAGCGUGUGCUUGAUAAUUUACAGAAGAAACUUGAUGAGUCUUUCUUAAAUAUGCAGCUCUAUGUAAAAGCACUAGAUUUGUUUGAAGAUGACCAAUCAACCUCUGUUAUUUUACACAAACAUUUACUAAGAACAACAGCUGCCUCUAUUGUGGACAUGGUUUUACUUAAUUUGGAUGUGCAUAACAAAUUGAAGAAUGGAAUUGAAGUUGAAGAAUCUCAGAAUUCAGAGUCCAUUUCAGUUACUUCAGGAGAAAGAAUUGCUCUUGCAAAGAGUUUGCCUGGAUCUCUGUCAGCUAGGGCCCUUGCACUAGUUGAAGCAUUGGAAGGGAAGCGGGUGGAAAUAUUCAUGACUUCACUGGAUGAGAUGGCAGAAGACAGUGGGUUACUCUUGAAAAAGCUUGAUAAGAAAUUGGAAAGAACACUCCUGCAUUCAUAUCGUAAGGAUUUGACAUCUCAAGUGUCUGCUGAAAGUGACCCUGUUUCCCUUCUACCAAAAGUUGUUUCUCUGCUUUAUGUACAGAUUCAUAACAGAGCUCUUCAAGCCCCUGGAAGGGCCAUUUCUAUUGCUGUUUCCCGAUUGAAGGAUAAGCUUGAUGAUUCAGCAUACAAUAUCUUAAUGGAUUACCACACUGCAACGGUGACCCUUUUAGCACUGAUGUCUGCUGCAACAGAUGAUGAACAAGAUUGCACAGCGGAUAGAAUUUUGAGUAAACGGGAACUUCUGGAGAGUUUAAUGCCAUCAUUGAAAGGCUUGGUUUUGGGGACCUCACAAUCUUGAUUCCCAAUAAAAUUAAAAUCCUGAAGAACAAAGUUAAACAGAAAGAAGCCUUCAUUUUUAGAUAGGUGAGGUGAAGUGUGGAUUGAUUUGUACCCGCAUCUGCAGCUCAUCUUUUAAACUCAAGAGGGGCAGAAAUAGAUAUUCUCCUAAUUUCAAAUAAUAGUUAAUUUUUUAUUUACCAGUUCUUUGGUGCAAGGCAUCUAGUGUGAUGAUAUUGUUAUGUAUAAAGUAUUAACCAGUUUGAAGAGCAGCCA